UUCUGUUUUUCCAAUCUCAUCGACACUUUUUAGUUGAUCGAUUUCUCUCUCCCACUUCCUCUUUCACCUUCUUCCAUGGCACAAACAAACACACCAAUCAGUUUUUUGAAAUUGUAAACCCUAAUUGAUUCUACAGCGAAUCAACCAAGUUUUUACUUGAAUUUUGAUUAGGGCUUUUUCUUCCCCAGAAUCUCAGGAAUUGCCCUAAUUUUCCCGAAUUCUCAAUCGAUUUCGCAGAGAAAUUGGUUGGUUUCUUGGAAGAGAGAAAUCGAAGAUGAAGAAGUACGGAUUGCAAAUCAGAGCUCCGUCCCAGAAAAAGCAAUCAUCAUCUCGACCUCCACUACGACCCGCUGCUUCAAUAUUUGGUGAAGAUGAAGAUCACGAUGUUGAGAAGGAGAUUUCUCGGCAAGCUUCAAAGACUAAAGCUCUUAAAGAAAUUGAGGAGCAGCAUAAGAAAGCCUUAGAGGAGGAUCCUUCUGCUUUUGCAUAUGAUGAAGUUUAUGAUGACAUGAAACAAAAAGCUGUUCUUCCUCGAAUGCAAGAUCGUCAAGAGCGCCAGCCAAGAUAUAUCCAGAAUUUGAUGAAACAGGCAGAACGUAGAAACAAGGAACAUGAAAUAGUUUAUGAGAGGAAGCUUGCAAAGGAGAGGGAGAAAGAUGAACAUCUUUUUUCAGAUAAAGAAAAGUUUGUAACUGGCGCAUAUAAAAGGAAACUCGAGGAACAGAAGAAAUGGCUAGCAGAAGAAAGAUUGCGUGAACUUCGUGAGGAAAGAGAUGAUGUUACAAAGAAGAAGGAUUUGAGUGAUUUCUACUUCAACAUUGGGAAAAAUGUGGCUUUUGGAGCUCGAGAUGUCGAAGCUAAAGAGGCAGAGAUGCUCGAGGAACGAAGAAAUGCAGAGAAACUUGAGGAACAAAGAAAUGCAGAGAAGCUUGAGGAACAGAGAAUGGCAGAAAAGCUCGAGGAGCUGAGAAAAGAAGAAACAAGGGAAGACAGAGAAAGGAAGUCACCGGAGAAGGAAACGUCUCCUGAAUCUGGAGAUAUUAGAUCAAGCCAUAGGACAAGUGUGGAACCACAAGAAGCAGUUUCUGACAAGAAGAUGGGUUCAGAUGAUACAGAAGAGAGAGACUCAUCAAUCAAAGAGGCAGCAAAAGAAGUGCCGAAAGCCAUUAACGACCACAAGAAAAGAGAGGAUGCGAUUGCUGCUGCGAAAGAACGGUUCUUGGCCCGUAAGAGGGCAAAGCUUGAAGAAUAAUUGUGCUAUGCAACUUGGAAGAUUUCAGUCCAAUGUUUCUUGGUGAACUCGUCUUCUUCUGAUUCUCGACCACCUCUGUUUUAUUAAUGUAACUUUUCAAGAUAACGCUUCUUAAAUUACAGAGUCUACUUCCAUUAACAAAA